CUUCUCCUGAAAGUCAUGACAAGUCUCAGUGAGACUGGACGGAGAGACGGCAGAAGGACUCUGGGGUUUGACUUACUGCUGUCGCCUCCAAAAUAGAUCGACUGUAAGUUUAGUUGGAGAUGUUGGAGGGCUCAUCAUAUGCCAAAACACUGCACAGCGGAUCUGUAACAACAUCUUAGAACUCCUGGAGAGAUAUCAAAGCGGCAACUAUUUUAUCUUUGGUCACAACAAUCACAAAAUUGUCGAGGCAGCACAACCAUCUCCAGCUGUUUCGGUGGCUCUCUGGCAGUCGGUGCCCUACGCACAGCAAGUGAGGCUCAUGAAGGUAGCACCAGCGCUGUGGGGCUGAGUGGAGAAGGAAAGAGGGAACCAGCCUGAACUCCAGCUGUAUGACUUGCUCACUGAGGGGCUGAGAGGUGUGUAUUUGAAGCUGUGGGUGCUGAAAGGUCCCAGUCCUGAAAAAUGACUCAGUCGGUGCAAGUUACCCCAAAGCUGCCUGAUCUGGGCUCCCCAUUCAUCUACUCCAGUCAGGAGGAGGCUGACCAGUCAGGCUCCUACUCCGUCCAGACCCCGUAUGGUUUCCAGCUGGAUCUGGACUUCCUCAAAUAUGUAGAAGAGAUAGAAAACGGGCACAAUCUCCGUCGGGCACCCGUUGGCCCUCGCCGCUCUGGCAGAGGGGUCAAACCCUCCCAUAGGAGUGUGGGGGGGCGUACCAGUGGCUGGACAUCCACAGAGUCUCUGGCGUCCCCGGCCAGUGAGGAUGGCAGAGCUCCUCCGCCGCCCCCACCACGCAACCGCCUUGGGUCAGCACCCUGUGAGGGGCUCCGUCUUUCCCCUGUGACCUUCCUCGGUGUUCCUCCCCUGUCUGCCGGAGCCAAAGUGCCGCCUCCUCCACCGCAGCGCAACCCCAGAGUGGAGCGGACUCUUCUUGAAACCAGCCGGCGGCUGCAACAGGAACAAACUCACCAGCACCAGAAUGGUGGGCGCUUCCAGCUCGCAGAUCCUCCAAAAAAGCUCUUACCCACUCCAUCCACUCAACCGCUGCAGAGUAGCUGGACUAAACCCAGUCCUCAGACCUCUGGGCGCAGCACUCCAGCUGUUGGAGCCACAAUGACUCCGAUUCCACCCAGCCAGCUGCAGACAGUUAGAGAGCAGAUGGCUACAGCCUUGAAACAGCUGAAGGAGAUGGAAGAGAGGGUAAAGGGUGUUCCUGCGCUUGAGAAAGAGGUGGCCAAGCUUCGUGCAGAGAAGGACAUGCUCCUGUUAGCCCUGCAGGAGGAGAAAGAAGCCAAGGAGGUGGCCCAGCAGAAGCAACAGUCCACAGAGUCAUUUACCCAAACCACAGAGAUUCUUCAAACUGACCAGAGUAUCCAGAGUCGAUUGACUACACCAAUCUCAACUGGACAAAAAAGCCUCGGAAAAUCUGGUGAGCUGAAAAGGCUGACUGAAAAAUUUGAGGGGAAGGAUGGGAAAGCUACAGAUCCUUCAUCAAAAGUUUUAGUUAAAACUCCAGAAAAAGUGUCUGUUGUUGAGAAGAAAUCAGUGGCUGUUGGGGGUGACGCACCAAUGGACUCUGUUGUUUUCUACUACAGCCAGGGUGUGAAAGAUGCUUCUGAGGGCACAGAGGUAAAUGUUUUUGAUAAAGGCACAGGAACAGAGGCCCCUCUGGUUCACGAGGAGGGAGUACAGGUCAGUGUGGAGACAGAAGAGGCUGGAGUUUGGGUUAUAGAGUCACUACUUGGGCUGACCAGCGAAGCACAGCGGGAGAUUGAUACCUUACAGGACACCAUUAAAUUCCAGCAGGAGUCCAUUGUGGCUCUAGAGGACAGAUUGAGUGUGGCCGACAAAGACAUGGGGAUCCUUAAAGUCCAGAUGGAGGAGAAAACCUCUAAAGUCACAUCUGAGAAGGGGGUUCUUGCCAAACCAGAAAUGAGUAAUGCCCAGGUAGAGACAUUGACUUGCGCAUUAAAACACGCCGCAGUUUCGUGCCGUCCUGAAGUGAACGAUGCAUGUGUAGGUGAGAACUUAACAGCCGAUAAGAUCGACCAACUCACCCAGACUGACACUGUAGUGAGAACAGCAGAGCCAGCACCUGUUGCAGUGGUCAGCACUGGGUGCCAAUGGGAGAACUUGUUGGAGGAAAAGAUGGAGGAGCAAAAAGUUACUGUUCUUAAGAAGAGACAGAUGACCAUCGCUGAAUACAAGGUCUCGCCAGAAGAAGAGGUUGUCAGUAUGGCUGAGCAGAAAGAGGAAGACCAAGGAGACAAGACUGCAGCCAGCAGCUCCAAGACAGGUAUGCUGAAAUCAAUCAUGAAGAGGAAGGACGGGAGUAACUCAGGCGAGAAGAAGAAGAGCCUGCAGUUUGUUGGCAUUCUGAAUGGAGGGUAUGAAUCUACAUCCAGUGAGGAUGAGGAGGAGGAGGAAGAAGAGGAGGAGGAAGAUGGGAGUUCUUCUGGAGAAAGUGGAGAAGGCGAGUGCUUGGACAGCACAGAGGAGGACGAGGCGGCUCUGGAGGAGGAAACAUCAGAGGAGGAAAGAAACAUCAACCUGGACGAGAGUGACACAGAUGAGGAAACCCUGAGAGCCACCAGUUAUUCAUGUGAAGCUGUGAAAGAGAAAUUUGAGCUGAGCUCAAAAAUGCGUGAAGCGUGCCUCAUUCUAAAGAAUCACCUGAACGAUGACAUCAAAACACUGAAGAGUAAGGAAGUGCUCUCCAGCACCCACACCGUCCAGCUCGAGUGGUUCCGUAUCUCCAGCGCCAAGAUGGCUCAAUCUCCACGGGUCUCAGACUAUCUGAUGGCGUUCUCUGAGGUAUCGACAGCGCUGUUGGAGCACGUAGUCAACAUGACCGACGGCAACGGCAACACAGCUCUCCACUACAGCGUCUCCCACUCCAACUUCGGCGUGGUGGGGCUGCUGCUAGACACAGGUGUGUGCUCUGUGGAUAAGCAGAACAAGGCUGGGUACACGGCCAUCAUGCUAGCUGCUCUCUCUACUGUGAAAGAGGAGGAGGACAUGGCUGUGGUCAAGAGGCUCUUCAGUCAGGGCCAUGUCAACGCCAAGGCCAGCCAGGCGGGCCAGACAGCGUUGAUGCUAGCUGUUAGCCAUGGUCGGCAGGAGAUGGUGCGGGCGCUGCUGGAGUGUGGCGCUGAUGUUAACGUGCAGGACGACGAGGGAUCCACAGCUCUGAUGUGUGCCAGCGAACAUGGCCGUGCUGAGAUUGUCAAACUGCUCCUGGAACAGCCUGGUUGCGACAUAUCCAUUGUUGAUAAUGAUGGCAGCAAUGCUCUGUCCAUCGCACUGGAGGCGUCUCACAACGACACAGCUGUGCUGCUCUACGCCCAUAUGAACUAUGCUAAGACCCAGCCUGCGGCGAGUCCAAAAGCCCAGCCAAGGAGCCCCACCAGCUCCCACAAGUCCUGGCCUUCAGACUGAAAGAAUCAUGGCUGCAAAUGUAGACUGACAGACCAGCAAACAUAACUGGAUCUGAGCUGUGAAAAGCUCCACUGGAAUUUACUAAAACAUAUAUGUAUUUAUAUAUUGCCACAUGUCCUGCAUUUUAUAAGUAUUGUUAAUAUGAGAAUAUUAUUUUUCCAUAAAAGUCGUUAAUGGUUAUAUAAUAUACUUAACUAAUAAGAGCUCAUAGCAUAUCUAAAUGAGGUCUCAAGCGCUUGAUUUUUUUUUUCUGUUACAGGAGAUGAGACCAUUGUAUUAAUUAUUUGCACUCCACUAAUAUUUUGACUGUAAAGAGCAACACACACCGGUAGGAUAUGAUGCACAUAGAAAAAAAACCUGCAACCAUAGUUGUCCGUGUCAGCCCACACACUGACAUCACAAGAUAUUUCAAAUUACAUCACUGUCUUUAGUAAACCUUAAAGUAAAACAUUGACGGUGCUGAAAAUGUAUCAAAGGCUCUCUUGUAAGGCAUCCUGGCUGCUCUAUCUGACUACUGUCUGCAUGUCCGGUGUUUGCUUUAGACAUCAUCACACAGCCGGUGUGUGUGGCCCUCUGCUCUUUCUGUCCUGCCUUGGUUAACUGAUCUGUGAACCUCUUCACUUUCAUAGUCUGCACUAACUGUCUGUGCAUUUUAUGUUCAUAUAUAAAUAUAUAUAUAUAUAUAAAUAUAUAUCAAAUCAUGUCUGAAAUAAACAUAUUUACAUAAAAGGUUGAUGGAAAGCAGUUGUUUCCGCAAACAAAACAAACAUGUUUUAAAUGAUGAGCUGUUGUUUGCACUAAGUGAAGGUGGCGUUCACAAAGACUAUCAGUGAACUGUGAAAUCUCUUUCUUCUAAAAGUUCUUAUGCACUGGAUCAUUUAGUUAUGGGCUUGCUACAUUUUUUUCUACUAGCAGUUGCCAUCCAAACUCAGUGUUUAGCAAGCUAACAUGACAGUAUGCUUGUUGUGAAUUAUUUGUAUCUUACAUUCAUACCUGGGCUUUUCUGUGGCUAUGUUGUGUCAAAAAGCAAUACUAUAUUAGAGUGUGCUAUAUAUUGUACAUCCUAAUAGAGACGAAACAGAUGGAGCAAGUUUUUUUUUUGCUGUGGGUUUGUUAUGUUACCAGUAGUGAAAUAAUUAUAUAUAUAACAGGCAUGAAUAUAAACGUAAAGUAACAAAAGUCCAUUUAACAACAAUGUAUAUCAUAUUAUUGAAAUAUAAUUACUGAUGCAUGAAUGUGUAUAUCACACACUAGCUUGUGAAUUUAUCUCAGAUGCUAGAUUUUGAUACAUUUUGUAUCAAUGAUCUGGAUCUACAAAGUAGAUCAGCUUUGCCAAAGUGUCCUUGGUCUUAUUAGUAUACAAGCCCCCAUGAGGGUGUCUGGUGACAGUCACAAGUAAUAAACCAGAAAAUGAGUGUCAAUCCAUUAUUUGGUUAUUUUGAAUUUAUCUAGAGGGAUCUAAUUCUUGUUUCUGCUUCUGUGCAGGUUCUGCUGUAAUUUCUAUAAUGCCUUUAAAUAUCUUUGGACAGACUAUAUAGAUCAUAAUAUUAUACUGUUAAUACCGUGUUGCUAUCCCUUUAGUAUGUAUAGGUGUAUAAGAAAAUUGCAGGCAAUUUUGCAAUUCAAGAGGUCGGUUGGAUGAUUUUCUAAUAUUACCUUUUUUUAUUUCUUAUUAUGCAAAUUCAUUUUACAUAUCAUUAAGUAAGUAAGGAUUUUUAUCCAUGUCACUUCACUCCUGGUUUAGGCAACUAAAACCACUUGGUUACGGUUAGUUAUAGAGGUGUGGUCAUUUUUCUAUUCUAAGAUGUAGAUCCAGUAUUAGCUGUUCUCUUUCAAUUGAAUCGUUGACAGGUUAAUCAUAAUCAAAUCAAAUCGUGGAGUCAGUGAAGAUUCACACACCUAGUUAGUUAAAGAUCUUGGUCAUAUCAAAAUUGGAAACAUCAACACUUCAUGUGAAACAUGAGACUGAGUGACGUGAUGUAGGGAAAACCCAUGAAAUAGUAUUAGGAAGAAAAAAAUGUGGAAAAGUUCACAAAGGCACCAUGCACGUAAAAUCUGUGGAACACUAUGCAUAACUGAUUCUUGUUAGAGUACAACACCAAGCUGUUAUAAAACAAAGAGCUAAUUGCGUGUACUAUCGUCAUGCUCCAAAUGUCAUCAUGUGGACAAUGUUGACUGACUUACAGUCUUUAUUCCAUUAAAACUCUGCUUUAAAAAAUAUGGCGCUGUAAAUGUAAAACAUAAAUCACAGCUUUCCAUGGAUGGUUUUCUGAAAAUGUUGAGUCUGGUACCUUUGUGGAGUGCAGAACUUUUGUCCCCAACCUCUGGCAGUUAUUGUUACCAUGGAAGCACAGUUGACACGUGGUCAGCUCAUGUAUGCCUGCAGUUGACCUGGACAGAACCAGAACCAGGUUAAGAGUAACUAAUACCGGCAGAUAAAGUGAAGAACUGCAGGUAUCUUCAAGUUUCAGGAAAAUAUGUCUUAACUGGAAAAUUUUAAAAUUGUUUCAACUUAAAAUAAUGGCCUGACGAAUAUCUGAACCUUAUAAGUAUCGUAAAAGCUGCCUCAUCCUUAUCAUAUAUGGACAGGGGAGGAUAUGCCUUUUGGGUCACAAUAAGAAAAUUCCUGGACUCACAACAUCAUUCCCUCCUCUCUUUGUAAAAUAACAAGGUCAUUAUUGGUCUGAUAAUUUAAACCUUUGGACCCAACCACGUUGUCUGGUCCUGUAAAAAAAGAAGAAUAUUUAUGUGAAGCAAAGCAUGUAUUGAUGGAAGAUCAUGUGCAUGCAUGUGUUUGUAUACGUCAAAUAGAAAUACAUGCAUGAAAUGAUUUAACACUGUAACACUCUGCCUCCCUCUUUCACUGCUUUGUCUUGUCUAUACAAUAGCUUUGCUCAUGUAUGUGACAUUAUGUCUGUCUUCAUAUGUUUGUCUGUCAUAAAAAAAAUCUACAAUAAAAUCGUAAU